AUGGUGUCCCUGAUGGUGACCAUCGGGCGUCAUCCCCGCUGCCGGACUAUACCCGUCAACUUCGCGGUGGUCAAGGCAGAUUCUCCAUACAAUAUGUUGAUAGGUCGACCCACGCUCAAUGCCUUGAGGGCCGUGUACUCUACCUAUCACCUGAGUUUCAAAUUCCCGACACCAGCGGGGGUGGCCGAGGUGAGCAGCGACGUGAGUACGGCCCGCGAAUGCUACCUUGCCACCAUCCAAGCCGCAGUCACUCCCCGGACUGCGUCGAAGGCCGAAGAGAAGAGGCCGGCCGUCCUCUCCAUAAACUGCAUCGAUCCUCAGAAGGCGGGAAAGCCCGGCAGGCUGGAAUCCGGGGAUGAGGUGGAGCAGGUAGUCUUGGACGAGAUGAGACCUGACCAAGUGGUCCAAGUGGGAGCUGGACUCCCUUCGUCUCUGAAGGAAGAGAUGAUUCACUUAAUAAAGGACCACCGAGACAUCUUCGCGUCGUCCGCCGAUGAAGUGGUCGGGGUGCCAUCUGAGCUCAUGAUUCACCAGCUCAACGUUAACCCACAGGCCCGUCCUGUGAAGCAGAAGCGUAGGCACUUCGGCCCCGAACGCAGCAAGGCCGUAUCUGACGAGGUGGACAAGCUCUUGUCUGCCAGGAUGAUCCAUGAGGUUCAGUACCCCACCUGGCUGUCCAACCCUGUUAUGAUCAAAAAGGAUACCGGUGGAUGGAGGAUGUGCGUCGACUUCACCGACCUUAACAAGGCCUGCCCCAAAGAUUGCUACCCUUUGCCGAGGAUAGACGCCUCGUCGACUCGGCAAUGGGACAUGAGAUCCUCUGCUUCCUAA